CAGUGGAUCUCGCAGAGUAUCGCGAUACUUGAGCAGGACCUAUUUAAACACAGAGCACUGCCGUGAGUUCACACUCAUUCAUCACAAGAGACACCCCGAUUACACUUCAAGAAAAUGGCAGCUGGAAAUGCACAUAUUGGCAAGCCUGCUCCAGACUUCACGGCCAAAGCUGUGAUGCCAGAUGGACAGUUUAAAGAUCUCAGUUUGUCUGACUACAAAGGGAAGUAUGUUGUGUUAUUCUUCUAUCCGUUGGAUUUCACCUUUGUGUGCCCCACUGAGAUCAUCGCCUUCAGUGAUGCAGUCGAGGAGUUCAGGAAAAUUGACUGUGAGGUCAUUGGUGCCUCUGUUGAUUCCCACUUCUGUCAUCUUGCCUGGAUAAACACACCCCGGAAACAAGGCGGUUUAGGGCAUAUGAAAGUCCCUCUGGUGGCAGAUUCCCUCCGCUCCAUAUCUCGAGACUAUGGUGUACUAAAGGAAGAUGAGGGUAUUGCAUACAGAGGACUUUUCAUCAUUGAUGACAAAGGCAUUCUGAGGCAGAUAACCAUCAAUGAUCUGCCAGUGGGCCGCUCCAUCGAUGAAACCCUGCGCUUGGUGCAGGCCUUUCAGUUCACCGACAAACAUGGAGAAGUUUGCCCAGCCGGAUGGAAGCCCGGAAAAGACACAAUUAAGCCCGACGUCCAGCAGAGCAAAGACUACUUCUCCAAACAACAGUAAAAAACACACUAGACUGUGCAACAUAGUGUAAUGAGCUUGUACAAGGACUGCCAACAUGAAGUACUGCUACUAGUUAGCCUCGCACAUCCAUGUAGGAGUGGUAUUGAAACUACCUGAAAUGUAUUGUUGUAACAUUUGAGUUAGUAUGUAUAGUGUGUCUUUCGGACCUUCUUGUUGUGAAAAGAGAUGUUAUACAGUGGGGACCAGCUUUCCUGCAUUUCAAACAAUAAAACCAUUUUUUUUAACAA